AUGAAGUGCGCCAUCGCGUUGCUCACCAUCGUAAUGUCGGUGUCCGUCCUGCACGCCGGCGCGCACCGGCCGCUCGUCAAGUUGCCACUGCAGAGCAGCGACGCCGACACAUGGCCCUCUGCUUCCCAGGCCAAGCGCGCCAACCUCACAGAGAUUCUCACCCUCGACGGGCCCUUCCGCACAUUCCUCACGCACCUGCAGCAGACCAACCUCGUCGAGGUGUUCCAGAAACAGGCCUACUGGACCGACCAGGGCAUCACCAUCCUUGUCCCCGUCGACAGGGCCUUCGCCGCCAUCAAGCCGUCGGUGCUGUCGGGUCUUUCCAAGCACCAGCUCAAGAACCUGAUGUUGUACCACUCGCUGGCCAAGCGCUACGAGCUCGCGGAAUUCGAGGGUCUGAGCCGGAGCAACCCGGUGACGACGCUCGCCGGCGGGCUGUACACGGUGAACGUGACGUACGACGGAGGCACCAUCCACGUGCGAUCGAGGUGGACCGACGCCAAGAUCAUCGGGAGCGUGUCCGUGGCCGCGCCCAUGGCGGUGUACGAGCUCGACAGGGUGCUGCUCCCGGACUCGCUCUUCCGCGCCCAGCCGCCCGUGGCGGCAACUGCUGACGAGCCCACGCCCGCGCCGAGCAACGAGGAUGCCAGCGCGCCCGUGUCGGAGUCGGCAGAUCCCGUCGUGCCGAGGCAGUACGGUUCGGCGGGAGUGGCGGACGCCGCGAGCUCGGCGCGCGGAGCCGGAGAUCGGUUCGCGAGCUAUGCGGCCACCGCGGCUCUCGGUGCAAUGGCACUGGUGGCAUUGUAA